AUGUCUGUCCCAACUGAAAAUACCAAAAGCACGACCGUAGAGAGCGUGCCCGAAUCUCCCACCACAGCCAGACCGCUAGAGAUGGACGACGACGACGUUCAAGAGACCCCGGCCCUGGGUGACGAGUCUACCCAGAAACCUUCAACCACCACGACCUCUACUACCACCACCGCUGCUCCCGCCGCCACGGAGGAGACAGCGCCGCCCAAACCUCCGCGCCCCAUGACAGAGCAACAGAAGAACGUGCAAGUCUUGAAGGAGGCUUUCCCGACUGUGGAGGAAUCGGUGAUCAAGGCUGUGCUCAGAGCGAGCAACGGACGUGUUGAGCCUGCUUUCAACGCUCUUCUUGAAAUGACCGACCCAGACGCGGUGCAGCGCGAGGAGCAGCCGCCACCGCCACCUCCCCGACCGGUCGCGGAGCCCCAUGGUCUCAGCUCCACAUCGCAGUCACAACUUGAGGCCGACGAGGAGUAUGCCCGACAGUUGGCACAACAGUACGAGAAUGUCGGAUCCUACGAGGCCAGGACGAGCAGUCGCUCUGGCCCGGGUGGCUACUCCUCGAGACCUCGACAGGAGACGGGACUCAAGCCCAAUGAGAUGUACGACAAGGAGCACAGCUUCCUUGACGAUGACCUGCCCGUCAUCAAAGAGAACCUGCGGAAGGGCUUCCUCGAGACCCAGACCAAGGUCAACUCGUGGUUCAACAACUUGAAGAAGCGGAUAGACGAGGAGUUCACCGAAGAGGACGACGAGCGCCGCCAGCAACGGACGCAGAUGGGCCCCCGACAGGGCGGCGACAGGAAUAGGCGCAGCGGUGACUAUGACCGCUACGACGCUGACCCGGAACUGCUGAGCGAUGACUUCGCUGGCAUGCGCUUCCAUCAGGACGGAACCCCAGCCCAUGACCCCAACAGGCCUCUGGCCAACCCCAACCUCUUCCGCCCUCCCGCGUCCUCACCGUCUCCCAAGCCGGGCAGCGAGCGCAAGGUAGCCUUCCGCGACAACGUCGAGGACAUAGACGCCUACGGCGCCUCCCCCAAGCUCCCGCCCAAGGACAACGUCCCCGGCGGCGGCACAGCGUCGCCAGGCGCCGCCAAGGCCAGCAAGUGGCAGCCGCUGUCGACGGUGGAGCCGAGCCCCAUCGCCGAGAACGACCCCUUCAGCCUCGGCGACAGCGAGGACGAGCGCGACGCCGCGGCCGGCGGCGCCAACAAGGACAAGAGGAGCGGCAGCGCCGGCGCCGGCGCCGGCGGUGGCGAGAUCAAGAUGGAGGACUCGGAGCGCCUGCGCCAGGCGGCCGCCGAGGCCAUGGCCGACAGCCUCGUCGACGACGACAGCAACAAGAAGCCCGCCAAGGCGGGCGACGACAAGGCUGCGCCGGCGCCGGCGAAGAAGGACUAG